GCUCAGCGGCCGCGGCCGCCGCCUGGGCACUGCGCCGCUCGCCGCGCGCGCCCGCGGGGCGCUGUGCGGCCAGGGGGCGAUGCUGCCCGAGGUGGGCGCGGCCCCGGGCCCAGGGAGGCGGGGCCACAGGCUGAGGACCCGAAGGAGCCUCUGCAGCUCCCCGUGGCGCCAGGCGCCGAUGCGGGCGGCAGCCUCGGGCGGCGUCGCGGCCUUGGCGCGGACAUGGCCGCCACCAUCAGCUACGGCUACGGCAUGAGCUCCAGCUCCAGCGCCCCGCAGCUCUCCUGGCGCCCGGGCCGCCGCAGCAACGGCGGCGCCGCCCCCGCGCGGUUAGGCGACCAGAUGGCCUUUGGCGGCUUCUGGAGGUCGCUGGAGGUCAACGGAGGCCUGCUGGUGGACGCCCUCCAGUCCACGGAGGCAUGGUUGACCGGCCUGGCGCAGGAGGGCGCACUCGCUGGGGAGCGGGCGCAGCCCAUCGUGCGGACGGCGCUCGAGGCGAUGUUCGUGCUGGGCCACCUGUUCGCUCCCCUGGCGCCCUCCGCCUCGCACGCCAUCAUCGGCCGGCGCUCGGCGGCGCGGAGAAGGGUGCGGCGCGCCGAAGAGUGUUGUUCGCCCGUUUCGUGCAUCCCCUUGGUCGAAGCGGCUACUGAACGCAGCGCGUGCCCGCCGAACACACAGUGGCGCGCUGCGAGAGCUGGAGACACACCGACGGCCCUGCCGUAUUUCUGACGCGCCAGAUCAAUUCCAAGCAGUAGCACCCCAUCGCCGAGGGCGCAGGCAUGGGCCUGCUCCGGGAAUGGAGCCUGGGACCCUCGCACCCAAAGCGAGAAUCAUGCCAUUAGACCUAGCAGCCAUUUGGAAUGUAUUUGCUUGCAUCGUCCGCAUUUGGCGCCUGGCAGCAUCAGCGGCGCAGGACCUAUCGCGAUCACAGCGAGGAUCAGCCGAGCAGGCAGCUCGAGCCUUUUCAGACACGGGAAGAGUUGUUCUUUGAUUGUUUGUUGGCCCUCCGCUGGGACCAGUGGCGAUGACGAUGUCGAU